CUUCGGCGCCGCAUCAAGUCGAACAAGCCUAAUAACUGCAAACGCCUCUACGUCACCCUGCGUACAAGCUAGUCAAAUAAGGAGAUAAGAGCUGUCAAUGCUGCGGUCACUCCAAAUAACAAAUAUUAAGCGUAUGUUAUGAAGAGCAAGAUGCGUGACAGCUUGUGAUUUAUUCAUGGCCCAACAGAAGGAUAACCUACAACCUACGACGCUGUUUAUUGCAUCUUUAUCCCCGCAAUAAUGCUUGCUUUCGGUUUAACAGUAGUCCGACAACGUAAACUGGUAGGCCUAUCUGUUGAUAAAACAGAUGUUUUCUUGCUGUUUUGGUUUACAAGUGGCGAGACGCAGUGCAACAAAGAUGGACUUUUACAAGGUCAAAAGAUAGACGCUCCUCUGUCUGAUAUUGGAACACGCCAGUCUGAGGCUGCUGGGCUGUAUCUGAGGGAUGUCAAGUUUACCAAUGUGUUUGUGAGUGACAUGAAGCGAGCCAAACAGACUGCCGAGAUUAUUGUGAGGAAUAACAGAACCUGCCAUGAUAUAGAAUUACUAAGUGAUCCAUCACUCAAAGAGAGAUGUUUUGGUAUAGCUGAGGGAGGUCAAGUCAAAGACAUGAAAAACAUGGCUAAAGCAGCUGGACAGCCUUUGCCAGAGUUCACCCCUCCUGAAGGAGAGACAAUUGAGCAGGUGAAGGCACGUGUUAAAGAUUUUCUUCAGGCUAUGUUCCAGCGAAUAGUUAAUGACCACCAAGACAAAAUACAAGAUGAGAUACCUAUACCUAAAUUGGACGGGCCUCUCGCGGGACUCCCGGAUGAUGGGCUUUUAGGCGUACCUGUCCAUGCAUUGGUGGUUGGCCAUGGUGCUUAUAUGAGCAUAGCAAUGCUGUAUUUCAUUGAGGACCUAAAGUGUUCCAUGCCCUAUGGAUCACACCCAGCUCGAAGGUUUUCCCUCUGUCCAAACACUGGAAUGUGCCGGUUUGUCAUCACUUUGAAAUGUAAUAAUGCAGACAUUGCACUUUCAGAUAUACAAUGUGUGUUCAUCAACAGAAGAAACCACACCAAGUGAGGAAGAGUAAGCAACAAAAUGUUUACAUGUAUGCAAGGAAGUGUGUGGCACUAGAUGCUUUCAAAGCAACAGCAUGCACGCUUUUGUGGCCCAAACCUAACUUCCGGGACACAUCCGCAAAGAAUAGAGUCCAUGUAGAUUAUUUCUGAUAACAGGCAAAAGAAAUAACAAGUAAAUUAUUUGGCUAGCAAGAUAAAUGAAUGUCUAGCCAAGAUUAUUUUGGGUUAUCAGUAGAAGAACCAUUACUUGGCUAAGCUUAAAUGUUGCACAACCCAUUCAACAAAGCGUUUGUUUUAAAUAAAUUAAUAUACAGUAAAAUUCAACAAAUUGUUUAUUUAAUACGAUUAUUAUACAAUCAAAUAAUAGUAUAAAUGAGUAUUAAUAUAAACUAAAUAAAAUAUAAAUAUGUUAUUACCCACUAGCCAAACCGAUCAAUAAAAACAGACUGGAAAUUAACAGACUCGUGCAUCCGAUGAAACUUGUCUCUAAAUUUAGAACUGUGUGAUAGACAAAAAAUGUGAAUUGUGUUAAAAAUUGUGAAAGGGUGACUCUCAUGAAGUCUUGGUUUCAGUGAAUUUAAACAAAAUAAUUGCCUACGUGAAUAUGCACAAUAUUUAUUUUUUAAAUUAAAGCAUGUGAUUUUAAAUAUUUUCCCUCGCAGUGCACUCGCAGCAAUUUUAGGAAGAUUUCUUUUAAAAAUAUUUUUUGUUUGGGGGAAUAACCUACAAUCAUCUUAUUUAUUCAGAUUUCAAGCUUUGCUUUAGAUUUACAUGCAUUGUUUACAUGGUUUAAAGUUUUCUUUCUUGCUAAAUUUAACUCAUAAUAAAGGUUGCAGAGUAUUAACAUGUUCGUUUGUGCCACUUGUUUACAAAAAGUUAGAGAGUGUCCUGACAUGUACUGAGUUUAUGUUGGUAAGGUGGAAAGAUCACUGAACAAUCAGUAACAAACAGCUUCUCUGACCGCACUGGGUCAACAACAA